AUGGGUACUGAGCUCAUCGAUGAGGACAAUGCGGGCACUCAGCCAGAACUGGAAAUGCAGUACUUGCAUGGGUGGAGGCUGUAUACAAUGGCUGUCAGGAUUCAUCGUUUUGUGGACAAGGGUGUGCGGGAUCUGGGGAUGGAGAAAUACAUACCUGACAGCAAUGGGGAUUUUUCUUGCAUUCUCCUUGGGGUGCGCACUAUCAAAAACAGGGACUCAACUGAUAAUAUGCCGUGCUUUCCAAGGAUUGGGUGGUGGAGGCACGUAUUCAUUGGUCAUGCUCUGUGUCUAUCAGCUGGUUCCCAAGGCCAAAUUUGCGACAUUCAGUGGCUUGAUAUCAAUAACCAUCGCAUUAGCAACGAUUACAGGUCCCGUCAUUGGGGGUGCACUUGGCCGAAACUCAGCUUGGAGAUGGUUAUUUUAUCUGAAGUAUCCAGUGCUAUUGUUUUGAUCAUCAUGUCAGCGGCUUUCUGGGCAGCCUUUUUUGCUUGGGAGAUCCUUAUUUCCAGCAAGGAACCUCAUAUAAAGCCAGUAUUCCCAAAACGGUUCUUUUCAAAUUGGCCUUUAAUUGGAAUUUUCUUAACAAGUUUUAUUGUUGGGAUUCCCUAUAAUUCCAUCAUCGUGUACCUGCCACAGCGCUUCCAAGCUCUACUGGGAGACUCUGCCUUAAUGGCUGGCAUUCGUCUACUCGGGUAUUCCGGAGUCACAGCUUUUUCGUCAACAAUCGCCAUUGUCAUUAGUACGAGAUUGGGGAUCCCUUUUUUGCCUAUUCUGCUCACAGGUGCGGUUCUGAAUCUUGUUGGGAUAGUGCUUCUGUCUACUCUUCCGACAUCAAAUGUGUUCCCUGCUGCCGGAUAUGGCUACGAAGUCAUCGCGGGCUGCGGCAUGGGAAUUGCAUACGGAAUAUCCAUUUUUUCAGUACCCUAUUUGCUGAGCCCCAAGGAUCUUCAGGAAGGUUCCGGGGUUGUUGUUCAAAUGCGCUACCUGGGCAGCUCUCUUGGUGUUUCAAUUUCCUCGAACAUUUUCAAUGGACGUUUAAAAAGUGGAGUCUCGCAAUUAAUUCCGAAAGAUGCUUAUGAAAAACUGCUUCAUAACGUUGAAUCUCUCUCAAGCCUCCCACCGAACAUUCGAAGUCGGGUGCAAGACAAUUUCUCCGAGAGCUACCGAAUUCAAUUCCAGGUGCUGAUCGGGUUCGCAGUAGCCCAGCUUGCAGUCGCUUUCUUGCUUAUCAGAAAGGGGAAACAGAUCAGGCCAUCAGAGCUCGCAACCCACUGA